UUACUCGUGACAUUGAUAAUCAGCUGUACUGCCAACAUGGCCACGCUAAGCCGUACUUCGAGCAAAUUAUUGAAAAAUGUACAAUUUUCACCUGUUUUCACGCGUAAUUUAAGUAAUGUGAAGUGGAACAAAAGUCUCCCGAAAGUGCUCACAACAUGUGCGUGUGUUAUUGGUGGCAGUGUGGUAUAUUACGGCUUAAAUAAGUAUGGGGUAAAGAAGACCGUCCACGCUCUGAAGGCAAAGCCUGACGAGCUGGCCAAGUCUGUGAAGCUAACGUCGCGCGAGAGGCGGUUCAUCAAGUUCGCGAGUGUGGAGUACGGCGGCCAGCUGUACAUGACCCCUCAGGACUUCCUCGAGUCAGUAGUGGAGCAGGAGCCACGGCCCCGGCUGAAGCGCAGGAUCCUGACGUCCAAAGAAAUAGAAUACCUGCGGGACCACACGCCGCAGCUGAAGAAAGGGUCGCCGCAGAUGUUCAGGAACAUGAGGGACAAAGGAAUUAUUUCGUACACGGAAUACCUGUUUCUUCUCUCUAUUCUAACGAAGCCCGCUUCCGGCUUCAGGAUCGCCUUCAACAUGUUCGACACCGAUGGAAACCAAAGAGUUGAUAAAAACGAAUUUCUAGUCAUCCAACGCCUGCUGGGUGGCACAUUCAAGGAGCGUAAAAAUUUGGACCCCAAAAGUGAAGAGGCUCUGCUUUCAUUAGUGUCCACAAGCGCCAUCAGGAACAGGAUCGGUCAAACUGGAAAAGUCCCUAAGCCAUCAACAAUGGAGAAGAUCUUCAGCUACGCGUGGAAAGGGAAGCGGGGCAUGACAGACGAUAAAGAGGAGGGCAAAGACGGGAAACCACACGACACGUACGUCAACGACGACCAGGGACUGCAGAGGAGGCACAAUGUGGAUACCUUUCUGCAGGUCCAUUUCUUCGGCAAGAAGGGCACGAACGACCUGAAGUUCGAGGGGUUCAAGCAGUUCAUGGAGAACUUGCAGACCGAGGUGUUGGAGCUGGAGUUCCACGAGUUCUCAAAAGGUCACGAGACGAUCUCGGAAGUAGACUUCGCGAAGAUCCUGCUCCGCUACACGUAUCUCGACACGGACGAGUACGACAUGUACCUGGACCGACUGCUGGACCGCGUGAAGGACGAGCGAGGCAUCACAUUCGACGAAUUCAAAACCUUCUGCCAGUUCCUCAACAACCUUGAGGACUUCACUAUAGCUAUGAGGAUGUAUACGCUCGCCGAUCAUCCUAUAUCUAAAGACGAGUUCCACCGCGCUGUGAAGAUCUGCACGGGCAUAUCUCAGUCCGAACACCUCGUCACCACGGUGUUCGCGAUCUUCGACGCGGACGGCGACGGCCUGCUCAGCUACAAGGAGUUCAUCGCUAUCAUGAAGGACAGACUUCACAGGGGAUUCAAGUCGUAUGCGAAGAACGAAGGCUGGGAGGCGUUCAAAACAUGCGUCAAGCAAGAAAUGAAAAGCGCUGUUUAAACUAUUGUCGUAUUUUAAUUUGUAUCAACAUCACCAAAUAUCAUACUCAGUUUGUUAAUUCAGAUCUCAUCAUUAACCGUCGUUUGCAAUAACCAAUCUUCAAUUCGAUUCCCAAUGGACCAAUCAAAAUAACUAAUUUGUACGCAGGUCACAAAAGCUUUGUUCUGAUUGGUCCAUUUUUGAAAUAAAACAAAGCGAUUGGGAUAUUGAAAACGGCUGUUAAACGCACAACUGCUUAUUAACAUUGUUAAAGCCUCACUAGAAAUGUUUAGAUAUAUACUAACAUUAUAAUUGAAGGGGUUGGAAUGUUUGUAGCUCCCGCCAGAAUGGCUGAAUUAGUCUGGAUGACACAGAGAUAGUCUGGAAAAACAGGAUAUUUUAUUUUGGGGAAAAUGAUAGCGGGACUUUAUCCCGGAAAAGUUUGUCACCAAGGCGGAGCCACGAGCAAACGUUAGUGUAAUACGGUUGAACUAUGUUUUGUCUUGUUUUCUUUUACUUCUAAUGUCACUUUAACAUAGACAAUGCACUGUUUUAGUAUUACAAUCGUUAAAGGGAUUAAAACUAUCGUUUCUAAAUAAAUCUAAAAUAAUUUAUUGCAUAUUUAUAAAAUUGUUGUAGUUAUAAUCGAUUUAAUCGAUAUAACAAUCGAUUAAGUCAACUGUAUUAUCGAUUUUAUUUGAAUUGAAUUCAAAUUGCUUGUGUAUUCUGGUAAAGCAUAAAGUUUUUUAGUAUUUUAGAAACUUAAGUUUCCCGUUAAUCAUUAAUAUUUUAUUACUUUUACGUACAGUCGCCUAGAUAAAUAACUGAACAAAUUCAAAAUUCAUAUACACUUUUCUGAUCUUACUGACACUUUUUUCUUCACAGAAAUAAAAUAAAAUGCAUUUACUUUAUUGCAUACAAAGAAAAAAUCUAUGAAUUAUACUUAACGGGUAUAGGUGUUUUGAAUUUGUUCUGCUACGUUUGUUGCUGACUGUACGAUGUUGCUGCCACUAAGAUUCAUGGUAAUAAGAUCAAAGUAAUGGUUGUUAUAAUGAGAUUAUGUAAUUAAUUAUAUAUUUAAAAAAAUUGUUACCCUUCCUUACUUCGCCGUAGUCCGGUAAUAACAAGUGUUAUUGUUGACACUUUUGUAUUUGCUUGUGAAAAAUGCUAUUUGUGAUCUAAAUUGUUUCAACUUUAAAAGUUAUUUCUUUGUGAUUAAUAGUUUUUUUGGGUUGUUAUUAUUGUAAGGAUUUAUAUAAAAUUAUCUGCCAUUGUUAAUUUGAUACAAACAGAAAAACGCUUAAAUUUAUGACGUAGUAAUUUAUUUAGGUAACGCAACGUUUAAUGAUAUUUUGCGCAGUAUUCAGUCGCAAUUUUUCUCUCAAAAAAUCGAUAUUAAGAAUAAUCGACUAACCGCCAUUUGUAAUAAAUGACCCCAAUCGCUAAGUUCAAUCUAUCUUAAAAAAAAAACCAAUCAGAACAAAGUCUUUUUGACAUGCUUACAAAUGAGUUAUUAUGAUUGGUUCAUUCUCGAAAUCGGAUUGAAGAUUGAGAUUGGGAUCGUUUAUUGAAAUCAAUUGUAAAAUAUUUACCAAUAAUUAGCUCGCGUUUUUUGUUAUUUGUGAUUUAAAUUUAAAGUAAUCGCUUUAAAAGCUUUGCCCAGUUAUUAGGUAAGUUCGAGUAUUAUCCAUUUUAUUACCAAAGCAUUGUAUAAAUUAUUACAUUUUUCUAAUACUUGUCAUUUGAUUUAUUUAUUUGCACAAAGUAUUUAGAUUAAAUAUUUAAACAAUAAAUUAGUUCAAAGCUGCGCUCAGUAAUGUGUAAGGGAAAUGUACCAAUAACGUACCAGUAAUUUGAAGUAAUGUAAGAAUCAAACCUAAAUGGGCAUACGACGAAAUUUCAAUUGUUAAAGUUUAGUUAAUUACUAAGUCUUAUCAAUUUAGUACUUUAUGUAUUUUAAUUGGCACAUUUCCCUCAUAAGAGUUGUGAUGAUACUUAAUUGUCUAUGUAAUCGUUUGCUAGUCAUUUGCACUAAGUGUUGUGAUCAAUAGUUACCAUAUUUAAAAAUAUUACAAAGUAAAUGCUCUUUUAUAAUACACGAUACACUGCUUAUAUCAUGCCAGAGGAUUAUUUAAAUUGAAACAAGAUCUGACGGUGAGGAGGCUUAUAUUUAUUUACCAGUUUUAUAUCUAUAUCUACUUAAAUAUAUUUUUAAACUGGUUACAAAAAUAUUAUGGAGUUAUGACUUUCCGAAAUCAGUGUUUACGUAAUCUUUCGGCAUUGAGUAGAGCGGUGAGAAAAAUACCUUAAAAUAAGUGUCGUGUAUUUGGGACAUUUACCUUGUUAUGCAUUUAGUGUUUUUCUAGUAUCUCUUUACAUAUUUACAUAAUAAAUCAUACAAUUAAUAACGUA